ACCCCCGCGCCCCCGGAACCUCGCGCCCAGAGACCCCGCCCGCAUCCAGGGCACCCCCGCGCCGCCCGCACCCCGGUGCCCUCCACGCACUCUGGCUGGAAGGGGCCGCGCCUGGGCCGCGCUGCCACUUGUUGAACCGACUUUGGUGUCGCCCAUUCGAGCUCUUGUCGUUCCUGGGGCUCACGUGCUUGUCAUUUUGUAGCGAGAGAGAAGCAGGAAGUUUGGCGUGACAAGCUGUGCGUUAAGGGAACCCCAAAAGUGGACCCGGACGGCGUGGGUGGCUAGCCUCCCCCACCCCACCCCCGCGCCCAGCAACCUGUGGACGGACAGGGACUUGGAAGUGGAUCCCACGCUGCGUCCUCUGCAUGGACUGGAGGGGCUACUUAAGAAAUUAACCUGAGCAUAUAGAUUCUGCUUCUUCAAACAAGUCAGCUGUCACCUCACUGUCUCUUGAAUGUGCCCCGGAUCACAGCAGGGCCGGAAGGGAAGUGCAUCCUCGCUCUGAUGGUAGAAGACGUGAAGCUGGGAAGAGCCUUUGGCGAUGGAUCGCUCAUCUGUGAGACGGAAGUGCAGUGAGCGUCCACGCGCACCCAGCGACGCCUGGGCCCGCUGAGCCCAACGUGCCGGAGCCCCAGUGCCCGCCGGUGCGGACGGAGGGCACGGCCCCGACCAUGGUCACACUCAUCACCGAGAAGCUGCAGAACCAGAGCCUGGACGACCUGGCCCGCAGCAGCUGUGACGCCGGCCGGUAUUCUGCUGAGAAACUGAGCAAAAGUGGCUGUCUGUUCCCUCUUGAGACCCAUGGAGACAGGCGCCCUUGGACGGUCUUAAGUGGAGGACAGCCUGUCGGAAGCCAGGUGGCCACGGGCCCUGCUCUCCCCUUCCCUCCAGGCCCCUGCGGGCCAAGCGGGGGCCUCGGUGCGGUCAGCUCCGUGGACCUCAGGGAGAGUUCGGGGCCGCCCCUGGCACCACCCACCAAGCGACACUGCCGGUCCCUAUCCGAGCCAGACGAGCUGGCCCGCUGCCGGUCCCCGUGGCGCCCUGGCGGCUCCAAGGUCUGGACUCCGGUCUCCAAGAGACGGUGUCACAGUGGCGGGAGCGCCACGCUGCAGGGGGGCCCGGGCCCCAGCCUGCUGGGGAGCACCGAGUCGCCAGGCGGGGCCUUCCCCGAGGCCAGCCCCACCCCACCCCCAGCUCCCCGGCCUGCCUCUGCCAGCAGUGGCUUUGCGGAUGGCAGCAGGGGUGGCACGGGCCCGCCCUGGUGUCCUGCUGGUCCCUGUGCACUGUCCUCACGUCGCCGCCUGUCCCUGUCGCAGGAGCACCUGGCGGACGUGGGCAGCCCUCCCUGCACGCCCGAACCGGGCCGGCGGCUGGGCCUGCCCCGGAGCCGCUCGCAGCCCUGCGUGCUCCCCGGGAGGAGGGGCCGGCUCAAGCGCCGGCGAGAGGGGGACGCUCGGUGGCCGCGCCCGUCCCUGGACUUUCUGAAGAUGACGCGGACUUUAAAAAACUCGAAAAGCCUUUGCUCCCUCGAUUACGAAGAUGAAGAUGAGGAUGACACUGGAGUGAAGACGGCUGUGUCCUCCCCACGUGACCCACGUGGCCUCACGGGUCUUGUCACCUCUGGCUCUAGCUCCCUGAGCACGUGUCCCGGGCCCCAUCCCAGCAGCCCCGGCCCGUGGGCGUCUGGGGGGCCGGUGGCUGGCGAGGGCGGGAGCAGCGGGGACCUGAGUGACUGGGACAGUGCCGGGGAGGAGGGCGUCUUCCCUCUGGACCGCAGCGAGCUGGACCUGGAGCAGAUCGAGAACAACUGAGGGGGGCAGCGGCCGUCGGGUGCAGACGUGUCAUCUCAAACGUCAGUGUGAUUUGGGUUCAGUCGUCCCUAAAGAAGUCCUUUGCGUUCCCACGGCUUUUACAGUUCUGGUCGAAGCAUCUGUUUGGAGGUGGAUUUUCAGAAGGCGCCGUGUCAGCCAGGAGCGCGCACAGGCUGUGGUGCGGGUCAGUCCCUUGGGGAACGCCUGUGUGCGGGAUGGGCACCGCGCACUGUUCAGCUGCUCAGAACACGGCCUCGGGCGCCGGAGGCCCGAGCCCUCCGCAGCCGCGGCCAUCCCGUGCACUGCCCGGCCGGCCUGCCACCUGUUUUCCUGCCUGCCGAGUGGAGCGGGGCCGAGCCGCGGGGCCGCCGGCUGGCGCUCUUUGGCCGAGGAGGGCGUGCAGGACCUGGGGCUUCUGGCCGGGCCGUGAGGACAGCGGUCCUGGAAGCAUCCAUUCUGUGGCUUCAAUAAAAGGCAUUUGCUUUGCAUGUG